CAAUCAUUUUGUGUGUGUUGCCUAAGAUAUCCAGCAUCUCCAGAAUCUCUUGUAUUUAUGAUGUAUUUCUCUGUUUCUUUCAGGGAUGGCUGUCCUGAACUAUGAUCUCAAUGAUGUAGACUUUGAGGAUAUGUUUGACAAUUACACAUAUCCAGAAUAUGUACUCACUGAUCAGAACUCCAGUCCUUGCCAUCCUGUAAAUUUUGGAAGUUGGGUCAAUCUCACGUUGGCCGUUGUCUACAGCCUGGUGUGUUUCCUCGCUGUGAUGGGGAACCUGGUGGUGAUGAUCGUCGUUCUUCACAAUCGGCGCUCAACAUCAUCCACAGACAUCUACCUGCUCCACCUUGCCACGGCUGACCUGCUCUUUGCUGUUUCUCUGCCCUUCUGGGCAGUGGAUGCCAUGUCUGGCUGGGUGUUUGGCGAUGCCAUGUGUAAGGUUGUCAGCAUGCUCGAGGAGGUGAACUUUUACAGUGGCAUCCUGUUUCUGGCCUGUAUCAGUGUUGACCGUUACCUCGCCAUCGUCCACUCUGCCCAGCCCCACUGGCAGAAGCGGCCGUUCCUGAUCAAACUGGUCUGUGCUGUUGUGUGGGUGCUGGCUGUUCUCCUGUCUUUACCCAUCCUCUACAAGGGCAAGUUCAUCUACAAUGAAAGAGUCCUGUGUUAUGAGUUACUCGAGGGUGAAUCCAUCACAACCUGGAAAAACACCACCAGGUUCUUACGUCAUGUCAUUGGGUUCCUCAUCCCACUGGGUGUCAUGGUCUUCUGCUACAGUGUCACCAUCCGCAGACUGUGUCAGACAAGGGGUUUCCAGAAGCAGAAAGCCAUGAAGGUCAUUAUCGCCGUGGUGCUUGCAUUUCUCAUUUGUUGGCUGCCCCACAAUAUCACCGUGUUUGUUGACACUCUGAUGAGAAGCAAACUCAUCGCCGAGACUUGUGACAGGCGCAAUCACAUCGACCGGGGUCUGUCCGUGACUCGGAUUCUGGGAUUUCUGCAUUGCUGCAUUAAUCCAAUUUUAUACGGCUUCAUUGGGCUCAAAUUCCGGAGGAACUUACUCAACCUCUUGGCGGAUAAAGGACUUAUUAGUCAACAUGCAAAAGCACAUUAUAAGCGAUCGGUGUUCACUUCCUCGGAAUCCGGACUCGUUUCUUCUACAAUAUAGAUUGUCUGUGAUGGUGGAAUCUCAUCCAAUCAGAAUGUUGUCAAAUUAGAAGCUUAAAUACGAUGUUGGAGCCAUCAUUGUAUAGGAUGCUGUUCUCUAUAUGGCGCUGUUAUCCAGUUCAAUGAAGAGGCCAGAACGACAACACCAGGUACACUAGAUGACCCCAACAGAUAACAAGUGAAGUGCAUUCUCACCUGGAAGGACCGUUUGGGACCCUGAAUGGAAGUGAAGGAGGACGUGUAGGGGCAAAUGUAGCCCUUGUUCCACUUGCAAAGAUAAGUUCUAGGAUGAAGAUCUCUCUGGGGGGAAUGAACAGACACGGAACUCCAGAAAGUGGGGAGGUGGCUGAGGAAACAUGUAACUAUAGAACAUAGAACAUAACCACACAGAACAGGCCCUUUGGCCCACGAUGUUGUGACAACCUCUUAACUUACUCUGAGAUUAAUUUAACCCCUUCCUCCCAUAUAGUCCUCCAUUUUUCCAUCGUCCACCUAGGAGUUUCUUAAGUAUCCCUAAUGUAUCUGCCUCAACCACCACUCCUGACCACUGUUCCAACGCACCCACCACUCUGCACGUAAAAAAACCUACCACUGAUAUCCCCCCCUUUAUUUUUCUCCAAUUGUGUUUAAAUUACGCCAGCUUGUGUUAGCCAUUUAUGGCCUUGGAAGAAGUCUCUGGUUUUCCACCCGAUCGAUGCCUCUUAACAACUU